AUGUGUAAAAAAGCCACCUGCGGAACCUGCAAGAAGACCUCCUGGUGGGGUUGCGGCAGCCAUAUUCAGUCCGUUAUCGACAACGUCCCGGAGGCUGAGCGCUGCGAGUGCGAGCCAAAGGUCGACGUUGGCGGUGCUUCAUACCCGCCUAUGGCUGCGUCUCCCAACUGA